AUGAAUAAACCUAAACGAAAGCGUUCUUCAAGAAUCUCUUUAAAGAAGCAAUUAAGCAGACAGUCUGUGAUCAAAGCAGAAAAAAUAAAUACGACUUUGGCAUUAUUGCCUUUCUUAUAUGUAGAAACAGAAGAAGAGAAAUUAUAUUUCGAGACAGAAAUUGAAGAUGAGAACACUUCACGAAAAGCUAUAUAUUCGAUAGAAAAGCAGUCUACGAGUGGCUACGAUUCACCAGAAAAUAUUGUAACGAUUGAUGAACAUCAAAGUGAUGAAGAUACUCAAAAGAAAAGUGAUGGGAAACGUGAAAGAAUUAAAAGAGGUAAAAGGAAACGAAAGACGACUGACGAUGUUGAAAGCUAUGAAAGAAAGAAAGAGCGAGGAAAGAAAAAAAUUAGACAGAAAAUUGACAAAUAUAGCAAAGCUAUUGAUGAUAUGGAUAAUGUUAAAUAUGAUGAAGAGAAAAGAGAGAAAUAUGACGAGGACGAGAAGGAUAAGCUGAGAUAUUUCAAAGAGGAAAGAGAGAGAUGUGGUGAAGAUGAAACGGAUGAAAACGAUGACAUAAAAAAUAAAAUAAGUGUAUCUAGUGUAGAAAAAAAUAUAUAUAAAGAUAAAAGUCAAGUUGAUAGUGGUGUAAGUGAUAAUUUAAGAGUUGAUAGAAGCUCUGUAGAAUCUGAAACAACUGAAAUAUACGUCAAAGAAAAGCUUAGGAAGAAAAUGAAAAGAAAAUUGGAUGAAGAUUUACAGGUAUCAAUACAUAAACAGGCACGGGAAAUUAAAGAUGAUAAAACAUCUCAAAGAACGGAAUAUUUGUCUGCUGGAAAGAGUUCAAAAAUACCUCGCAGAAAAAGUUCAAAAUAUAGUUAUAGAGGUUCUCGAAUAUCGACAGCUUCAACGCGAUACAAUAAGGAUACCUACGAAAAUAUUAAUACAGCUAUUGCAUUGAUUCCUUACUUUUGCAGUGAAGAAUCUUCCGAAUUAAGAGAAGAAAAUACUGAAAGUAAAAAUGACGAAUAA